AUCCCGCCGCAGCACCUGCCUACUACGCCACUUCGCCUUCUUCGUUACAGCGCGUCCGCUACUCGCAGCCCGCCAUGUUCAAGAAGGCCGUGGACAGUCACAACGCGACCAAGAGUCAGCAGCCAAAGCCCGCGCAGCAGCAACCGCUGUUCUCGGCAAAAGCAGGCCCCACCGCGCCCCAGCAGCCCAAGCUGGGCCAGAGCAUCUUACAGACCGCGAAAACGACGCGCCCACUCAGUACCGGCUCGGGGAACAUUGGCAGGGUGGACAGCAUGAUUGGGCUCGGAUACGGCGCGAGUGACCAAAGGGCGUCAACAAACACGGCGGGGCUCAAGCGCACGUCGAGCGGGCUAAUGAAAGCACUGGGUGCGCAGGACGCGUUCGGGGAGAAACAACCUCCCUCUAUGCCUACGCGCGGCUCGCAGCAAGACCCUCUUGUCAUUGACGAUGUCUCACCCAAAAACUCGAGCUACGAGGCCGCGGCGCAGGCAGUGUACUUUGACGAGGACGACUUUGACAGCGACAUUGAUCUCGACAUCGAUGAUCCGACGACCAAGGGUUCUGUCAACUACCCUUCCCUGCCCUCCGUUAAUAUCUCUGCGAAGCCAGAUUCGGGACAUGGCUCGCAAAUAACACAUAAACCAACGCCUCAACCAACGCAAGCAAUCCCUUGGUCAUCAUCUCCCCCAGAACAUUUCGAAACGCAUCCACAGGCCGCUGCCCUACGAAAAUUCACAUAUUCAAACCAGAAAGAGGACGAGGGCUUACGGCCAGUCAAGAGGCGGACGCUGCCUUGGGCUGAAGAGGAAGAACGGAAGAGAGCGGCAAAUGCGGCCAAGAAUGCUCACCUUCAUACCCCCUUGCCUAACGGCUCUAGCUCAAAGUAUGCAUGGGAUGCCUCGGCUAGUAAGAUGCAGGAGGCGAAGAAGAACCAUCGCGAAACGCAAAAGGCCAAGACUACCAAAACUCCUGGGGGCCUCCUUGACGAAUUUAAAAAGAAGAAGUCGCUUUCUCGCGUUUUCCUCAGUGACGAACAGCAAAGUGUUCUUAACAUGGUUGUAGAGGGUCAGAAAAGUGUCUUCUUCACCGGUUCCGCUGGUACGGGUAAAUCUGUUCUUCUGAGGGAGAUCAUCACAAGCUUGAAGAAGAAGUAUCAGCGAGAAACGGACCGCGUUGCUGUCACUGCGUCAACGGGUCUCGCGGCGUGUAAUAUUGGAGGUGUGACACUGCAUAGCUUUGCCGGCAUCGGCAUAGGCAAGGAGCCAGUGGAAGAGUUGGUGAAGAAGAUCAAGCGCAAC